CCGAGGCUCUACGGCGACCAUUUGAUGCCGACAACUAGCGGCCGAGCCACUUCUCAUCCACACUGGCACACCAACGACUCUGCUCUUCUCGAGACAUCCCCGACUCCCUUGUCAGCAAGCAGCCGGCCUAUCGCAAUCCAGCUACCACCAGCCAAGUCCACCGCUGCAGACGGCACGCCUGUCCGCACCCCGCCUGCACCACUCUCCGCCCGUGGCGAUCUCCCUGGAGGCUACUUUCCACUUCACGAGGAGCAGACCAGGACCUACCAACCUCAUCCUUUUCACCUGGAUGCCACAAAAGCACGCAAGCGAUCCAUCCAGAUCGCUCACAAAGAGUCCCAGUCACCCACCACCCUCCCAACUUCUUCAAAGACAGCAGACUCCAGCUAUUUCGCCGCAACUGCGCCCGCAUCAGCAUCGCCCACCAUGGCUCGGUCGUCCAAUCUCAAGGCUCCAGAGUCCAGCAGUAGCCGUAUCCGCGCCUCGGCGGCCUCGCCAACAUCGUCCAGAACCACUACCCCGGUAGCGGCUUACAACCCAGGACCAUACUCGGAGAACCCGCUGCCUAUGGGCAAAUACUACCCUUCAAACUAUGAGCAACGAAAGGCCGAUAAACAUGGCCGGCAGUUGGCGUCUCCCUCUUCGUCCAAACAUGCGAGAUCUCCUUCAGCUACUGGCUCAUCCGGCCGUGAGCACAUCGGUCCAGGGCAACCCCGGCACGAGUCAGAUGCGAAACGAAGGAUCCAGCAGUACCAGCGGGAUAUGAUUGCACAAGCGACGUUGGCACUCAACAACGGGAGCCUGAGUCCAGCUGCGUUGCAGUCGUUGAGGUCCAUUGGUUUCGGAAGCAUAUCCAACUCGAAUCCUUCCAAGCCUCGAUUAGAGCCUCUCGGAAGUCCUGGACCAGUUACACCCAUGGAACUCGGAGGGUCCGAUGGCUAUCUCUCUGCUCAUGGACCCGUAGAUGCCGUCCAAGUUGAGGAGAUAGCGAGAGUCAUCAGAGCUGAAGAUGAGCGCAAGCGAAGAGAGGGUGCCAUCUCGCCAGCAGUCGAACUCGGACCCAUCACUUUCUGACCUGGGCAUCAGGAGCAUACGGCAGCCGGUCAUGGAUCAGCAAGACUUGUGGUCUUGAGUUUCAGCCUUUGAUAACCACUCAAAAGUCUUCAGUUUUGUUUUCAGUAUGCUUUUUUCAGGAACUCGACUUGUCUGUCUAGCCUUGGGAACGGCGAAAAUGGUUCAUUAGAUUGGGGCAACUGAAGUGGGGUGCGCAUGAU